AUGUCAGGUUAUGUGACAGUCAAUCGUCUUUCACGUAUUCAAUUGUCUUGUGAAGAUCACACUAGUGCACCGACUGAAUAUCCUCAUCUAACUCAACAUUACAACCAUCAAGCUAAAGAGCGAAAGAAACAACUUGCUAUUGAAAACGAUUUCAAAUUACGCAAAUUGCUCAGUAUUAUGCGAUCGAAAACUGUCCGUGCACCUCCAACGCAUCACUCAACGAGUCCAAGUCACCGACAGCAACCACUACGUACAACACACAACAAUACAGAUUACCGAGAGCGAAUCGCGAAUGCAAAAGGCAUCUAUGAUGUACGUGAAUGGGAUAAAGAGUACCAAGAGCAUAAGGAACAUUUGAAAUUGAGCAAAGAUAGUAAACGAUUUACUCCAUGUGAUAUCGCUAUACAACAAAAACGAGCGCAUGGUCACGCUGCAGGACAUACCAACCGGCCAACGCCAGUAUCAUCGAAUCAGAACACACAACGUACAACGAAGAAUUAUAGUUAA